UUGAUUCGUGUGCGCGAAUUAUCGCCAGCGUCUGUUAUUGAUAGAAGCCCGAUAAAUACGCGAAGACGAGCGCGCGGAGCGCAUUACUCGGCAACCAUACCCUGUUGUCAACAUGAAUGUUUCAAGUGGAUCUGCCUCUUGUGAAAGUAACGAUGUACCAUACACACUGGCCUCUAUGAUCUCCCAAGCGAGUUUCGUCAUUUUUAUUCUAAUUCUUGAUGUUUGCGGAAAUUGCUUAGUGAUCGGUGCGAUUUUACACCAUCUGAGGCUUCGCACUGUGACAAACUACUUCAUCAUCUCCUUGGCUGUGUCAGAUCUUCUCAUCGCCGCUCUUUCCAUGCCGUUUCGCAUUCAUCACACACUAAACUAUAUGUGCUGGGAUCUCGGUAAGAUUGUUUGUGAGUUUUGGGUGUUCGUGGACCUACUGUGUUCGUGCGCGUCCAUAACAAACCUUAGCCUUAUCUCGAUCGACAGAUUCUUAGCGCUAAGUUUCCCUCUGAGCUACAGGAGUAUUAUGACGAAAGGAAGAGGGUUUGCCGCUAUUGCCUUCGUUUGGGGCUACUCCGGAUUGUUAGCGGCUUUAUCGUUCACGAGUUGGUCCCCUGACGCGAAGACAAUUUCUUCAAAUGAGUGCAAGAAAUCGGAUCGUUACUACUACACAUUUGCAAUAACCGCCGGUUUUUUCCUGCCUUUAACCAUUCUCGUCAUCAACUAUUCAAUGGUUUUCAAGGUCGCCUUCAUACAGGCCAAAAAACUACAGCUGUUAAAAUCAGCGAGUGCGAUGAAGCCUGGAGAGAUAUCUGAGCCGGACACCAGGAAGGAAGUGCGCCAAAGCGUCGUAAGCGUCGGACGGACUGAACGUAAACGUCGAAAAUCGAUAGUACGCGAAUUAAAAGCCACCAAGACUCUCGCCAUCGUCAUCGGGACUUUCAUCAUUUGUUGGUUACCCUUUUUCAUUAUAAUGUUUGUUGUGCAAUUUUGUGGGGACUGCUUGAGCAAGAUUCCCGAGAAAGUACAACAAUUUGUAGCGGUCGUUUUUGUAUACGUAUUACCGCUGCUGAACUCAGCCAUAAAUCCAAUUAUAUACUCAAGCUUUAACAGCGAUUUUAGAAAAGCUUUCAAGGAUAUUUUCCUCCGUAUUUGUGUCAUCCGAGGACGGGACAGUUACACGCAUAGAUCGACCUCAGGGGAUGAAGACGUAUCGGUAGUGACAUUUUUUACAACCAGAUAUGAUAAUGGCAAAACCCCACAAAUUGUUAUUCAAGAGGCAAACUCGGCUUCCGAAGAAGGGGAUUCAGUGUAAUUAGGAUUCGGAAAUCUUGAAAGGGAAGUGGUACGGCGUAAAAUAGGAAAAGAGCUCGGUCAAAUUCGGCACGAUGAAUGGAACCUUAAAUAAGCAUAUAUCAUUUAACAUCCAGGCGCUAGAAGAAAUUGCCUUCAGCAUGAUUUUUCUUUGUUUAUGUGGUGCGCGCCCCGAAAAAAAUUAAAUUUGGUUUUUCCAUGUUACUUUCGUAGCUACAAAGCACCAUUGUAUUGAAUUGAGGAAAAGCUAUUUUGGUGACAUGUCCAAGUGUCAUUAUAUGGCAAAAAUUGUCAGGUAAAUUGAAAUGUUAGCGACUUUAGCUUUGUACCUCUCCGAUGCAUUUGUGCUUUUUAAAUUCGCAGGGUAGAAAACAUUCAUUAAAUGAAAAAAAUUUUUUUCGGAAUGUGUACAUUUAUUUAUUGAUUUAAAUAAUCCAAAUGUAAGAAAUAGGUAUUGCUAAAAAGAAGCGUUUGCUUAGCGGCGAAACGAUAACGAAAUCAGCGAAAACAAUCUUAUGCUAAGUUCUCCAAAGCACAAUUUGUCCUACAGUGUUCGAUGGUUUUACUGAGUGUAACGAAUUGCUACCUUAAAGGUUGAAGCAAAAUAAAGACAUAGUUCACUUUUUCUUCGAA